AUGGGCGACUGGAACUUUCUGGGUGGGAUUCUGGAGGAGGUUCACAUCCACUCCACCAUGGUGGGGAAGAUCUGGCUCACCAUCCUCUUCAUCUUCCGCAUGCUGGUGCUGGGCGUGGCGGCCGAGGACGUGUGGAACGACGAGCAGUCCGACUUCAUCUGCAACACGGAGCAGCCCGGCUGCCGCAACGUCUGCUACGACCGCGCCUUCCCCGUCUCCCUGAUCCGCUACUGGGUCCUGCAGGUCAUCUUCGUCUCCUCGCCCUCUCUGGUCUACAUGGGCCACGCCAUUUACCAGCUGCGUGCCCUGGAAAAGGAGCGUCACUGCAAGAGGGUUGCUCUCCGGCGCGAGCUGGAGACGAUGGACGCGGAGCUGGCGGAGCCGCGGCGCCGAGCGGAGCGGGAGCUGCGGCAGUUGGAGCAGGGGAAGCUCAACAAGGCUCCGCUCCGGGGGCCGCUGUUGCGCACCUACCUGGCGCACAUCGUGACCCGCUCCUUGGUGGAGGUGGGCUUCAUGACGGGCCAGUACCUGCUGUACGGCCACCAGCUGAAGCCUCUGUACAAGUGCGACCGAGAGCCGUGUCCCAACGUGGUGGACUGCUUCGUCUCGCGGCCCACCGAGAAGAGCGUCUUCAUGGUGUUCAUGCAGGGCAUCGCCGCCACGUCACUGUUCCUCAGCCUGCUGGAGAUCCUGCACCUGGCCUACAAGAAGCUGAAGAAGGGGCUCCUGGACUACUACCCGCACCCGAAAGACGACUGCUGCGGCGCCGAGAAGAACUCAGUCAUGCAUCAGGUGUGCGCGAGCCAGGGCCGCAAAGCCACCAUCCCGACGGCGCCCGGCCUAUUGGCUCCGCUCCUGGAGAAACAGGGCAACGGACCCACGUACCCCGCGCUCAUUAACCCCUCAUCUGCGUUCGUGCCCAUCCAGGGCGCGUCGGUUGCCGGUCCGCCGCUGGAGCGCAACACCAAUUCAAACAACCCGUGCAGCGAGACCCACUCUCCCGUCGUGCGCACGCGCUUCUUGCCGGAGUCCGUAAGCUCAGGCUUCGGCGGUCUCCCGAUAGCAGACCCGCGCAAGCAGCAGCGAGCCAGUCCGUCCUGGAACUGCAGCACGGUGGCGGAAGGGAACGGCUCAGACAGCGGAGACUCGGCCGAGCAGGGCUUCAGGACUCGGUGCGGCAGGGCCGUUUCUAAAUCGGACCUGAGGAGAGCCGGCGGGAUGCACACGCCGGACUCCGAGCCCAGCUCCGGCUCACGGCAGCACGGUUCUGCAGGAAGUCCCACCUUCUCGCCCAGUCGACAACGGACUUCACUGGCGAGCAGCAGCAGCAGCAGCGGGCGGCAGCAGACGAGUGGUCGGCGACCUGCAGAUCUGAGGCUCUGUGUGCGUUUCUCACAGGAAUCAGAAGCUGUUCUCUGUGGUCUUAAUCAAAGGGAUCAUUCAGGCAAAAAUGAUCAAUCUGUCCACAUUUACCCGCCCUCGUGUCAUUCCAACCCCGCAUAUGAAUGUCUUUCUUCUGCUGAACAUCAAAGGAGAUAUUUUGAAGAAUGUGUGUAA